CAAUCAUUGACUAUGGGUGCGCUCUUGCCAUGGCUGGCAUGGUUGCUCGUCUCCCUCGUCGGCGUCUACCUCCUCGGCCAUCUCGUGCAGGCCCGUCGUCGUCGUGGUCUACCGCCGGGACCCCACCCGCUGCCCAUCAUCGGCAGCCUCCACCUGCUCGGUAACCAACCGCACCGCUCCCUCGCCAGGCUCGCCAAGACCCACGGCCCGCUCGUGUCGCUCCGCCUGGGCUCGGUGACCACGGUGGUCGCCUCCUCCCCGGCCGCCGCCCGGGAGAUCCUGCAGCGGCACGACGCCGCCUUCAGCAACAGGUCCGUGCCGGACGCCCCGGGCGCCCACGCCAGGAACUCCACGGUGUGGCUGCCCAACGCGCCGCGCUGGCGCGCGCUGCGGAAGAUCAUGGGCACGCAGCUGUUCGCGCCGCACAGGCUGGACGCGCUCCAGCACCUCCGGCGCGACAAGGCGCGGGAGCUCGUGGACCACGUGCGGCGGCUGGCGCGCAGGGGCGAGCCCGUGAACGUCGGCCGCGUCGCCUUCACCACCAGCCUCAACCUCGUCUCGCGCACCAUCUUCUCCCGCGACCUGGCCAGCCUCGAGGACGACGGCGCGUCCAGGAAGUUCCAGGAGGUGGUGACGGACAUCAUGGAGGCCGUGGGCAGCCCCAACGUCUCCGACUUCUUCCCGGCGCUCGCCGUUGCCGACCUGCAGGGCUGCCGGCGGCGGCUGGCGCGGCUGUUCGCGCGGCUGCACCGGAUCUUCGACGAAGAGAUCGACGCGAGGCUGCGUGGCCGCGACGCUGGCGAGCCCAAGAAGAACGACUUCCUCGACCUGCUGCUGGACGCCGCAGAGGACGAUGACAACACGGCCGGCCUGGAUCGCGACACGCUCCGUUCACUCUUCACGGACUUGUUUUCUGCUGGGAGUGACACAAGCUCCAGCUCAGUGGAAUGGGCAAUGGUGGAGCUGCUUCGAAGCCCGGGUUCAAUGGCUAAAGCAUGCGACGAGCUUGCAACAGUCAUCGGCCCAAGAAAAGACAUCGAGGAAUCUGAUAUUGGGCGGCUGCCCUACCUCCAAGCCGUGGUGAAAGAGACCUUCAGGCUGCAUCCUGCUGCCCCGCUGUUGCUACCGCGGCGUGCCCAGGCCGACGUGAAGAUGAUGGGCUACGUGAUUCCCGAAGGUUCUCGAGUGUUCGUAAACGUAUGGGCGAUGGGUCGAGACGAGGAGACGUGGCCUGAGCCUGAGAAGUUUUUGCCCGAGAGGUUCCUGGGGAAGAAGACGCAGCAGGCGGUUGAUCUCAGGGGCGGGGACUUCGAUCUCAUCCCGUUCGGUGGAGGACGCCGGAUCUGCCCUGGGAUGCCGCUGGCGAUCAGGAUGGUGCAUCUGCUGCUUGCGUCGCUCUUGAAUCAGUUUGCAUGGAGGCUUCCGGCUGAGCUAGAGAGGAAUGGAGUUGACAUGGCUGAGAAUUUCGGCAUCACGUUGACCAAGGCCGUGCCUCUUUGUGCUAUAGCCACAGAGAUCUGAGUCGGCAAGCUAUUCUAUUCUAGUUAACUAUUCUAUGGUCGAUAUAUGUACAUGUAUCCUUAUCAAAUUUCGAAAUAAACUUAGCAAAUAGGUUAGAGGAUGUUUGGUUUGAAGAAUCAAUCUAUUCUACAUGGAGUGAUGCAUCAUGAUUCAUGAAUCCAUUCUACAUAUUUGGUGU